CACCAUGCCUGGCUAAUUUUUUAAAAUUUUUUGUAGAGACAGUGUCUCACUAUGUUGCUCAGGCUGGUCUCAAACUCCUGGGCUCAUGUGAUCCUCCCACCUCAGCCUCCUAAAAUGUUGGGAUUACAGGCGUGAGCCACUGUACCUGGCCAAAUUUUAUUUAUUGUGCUACUCUCUAAUGAAGCUUUUCUUGGUAUGCAUGUCAUAAAAGUUCAAAAUAAAUAGUCUUGGCCUCAUUAGUGUAUGUUGUUUUACAACUAAUCUCCAGAACUCACUUCAUCUUGCGAAACUGAAACUCUACACAUUAACCAACAGCUCUCCAUUUUCCUUUCCCACUGCCUCUGGCAACCACCAUUCCACUUUCUGUCUGUAUGAAUUUUACUACUCUGUAUACCUCAUAUAAGCGUCUGACUUGUUUCACUUAGCAUAGUGUCUUCAAGCUUCAUCCAUUCUGUUGCAUGUGUCAGUAUGUCCUUCCUUUUGAAGGCUGAGUAAUACUCCAUUGUACGUACAUACCACAUUUUGUUUGUCCAUUCAUCCAUCAAUGGACACGUGUAGUUUCUGCCUUUUGACUAUUACAAAUAAUUCUACUGUGUACAUGUGCAUGCAAAUAUUUCUUUGAGACCCUGCUUUCAGUUAUUUUGAGUUGACAGUAGCAUUUAAUGGAACUGAUUAGUAGUGUACAUCUGUAAGAAAGAGGCCCAGGAGGCCUGAGUGGACCUGAGGAUCACAGAAUUCCUCCAGCAUGACCUUGACAAAGCCUGGUUUUCCAAGGUGACUGCUCAUGUGGAAAGCUUAUGACAGAUGAGCUAUUUUACAUGAAAGCUCAGUUUGGGAGUUCCAUCUACUUGAAAAUAUGUUUUAUGUGAUUUUAUGCUGCAAAAUUUCUUCCCUGAUAGAGCAAUUAUCAUGGUUUGUAAGAUUAAAAAACAAUGCAUCCUAGAAAUUUAAUGACAUGCUAAUUAUUUUUCCUGGGCCUCUAUAAAAAGAUAAUAAUAACUUAUUUCUUUUUGGUAUCUUCUUUGAAGAAUGCAAAUUCUAUUCUGUGGUUCUGACUGGUAGCACAACUAAACUGGGUUAUAAUUUAUAUUCUUUGUGAGUGUGUAAUUAGAAUUGUUUUAGUCAAAUGCUUGUUGGAAUGUGUAAAUCACUUUAUACUAGAUUUUCUGAUUAUUAUUUUGAGUCAGCCUAAGUCUAUACCUUGCAGAAGUCCCCCCAUCCCCAUUCUAGUCCAGACUUGUUUUAUUUUUAUGAUCCUGUAUGUUUAUACAAAUCUUUCCUGUUAUCUUUCUGGAAACAUCUAUUGCAUAUUCAAAUGUGGUUUGGGUGUAUAUCUCUUAUUUGCAUCUGUUAAUGAAAAUGUUCGUGAGAGAUCACUUUGGAUGUCUCAUGAAUUAUCUACCCUGUUUUUCUACAGAAACUUUCUCCUUAACUCCCACUGUAUUGGCAGUGGGGUGGCUUCUAGAAAGGAGGGAAGUGUCAUUCUCGUGCUCAGAAUGGGAUAAGGUAGCAUCAGUUGUUGAACUAUGUCUAAAGUAUUUUUUUCUCUCUCUUUUUUGCUCACCCUUCUUGUCUCACUUGGAACAUGGAAUAUGGACCUGCCAAUCAUCUGGAAAUACGUUACCUUUGCAUGUUGGGACGUGGAUAAUGUGGAACAAUCAACCAUGACGACCGAAUCUGGAUCAGACUCGGAAUCCAAGCCGGACCAGGAGGCCGAGCCCCAGGAGGCGGCGGGGGCGCAGGGGCGCGCGGGGGCGCCCGUGCCGGAGCCGCCCAACGAGGAGCAGCAGCAGGCCCUGGAGCAGUUCGCCGCCGCUGCAGCGCACAGCACCCCGGUGCGGAGGGAGGUCAGUGACAAGGAACAGGAGUUUGCUGCCAGGGCUGCAAAACAGCUCGAAUAUCAGCAAUUAGAAGACGAUAAACUUUCUCAGAAAUCAUCUAGCAGUAAACUCUCUCGGUCUCCAUUAAAGAUUGUCAAAAAGCCUAAAAGCAUGCAGUGCAAAGUGAUACUUCUAGAUGGAUCAGAAUAUACCUGUGAUGUAGAGAAACGCUCCAGAGGACAAGUGCUGUUUGAUAAAGUGUGUGAACACUUGAACUUGCUAGAGAAAGACUACUUUGGGCUUACGUAUCGAGAUGCUGAAAACCAGAAGAAUUGGUUGGACCCUGCUAAGGAAAUAAAAAAACAGGUUCGAAGUGGUGCUUGGCACUUUUCAUUUAAUGUGAAAUUUUAUCCACCAGACCCUGCCCAACUAUCUGAAGAUAUCACCAGGUACUACCUCUGCUUGCAGUUGCGAGAUGACAUCGUGUCCGGAAGGCUGCCCUGCUCCUUCGUUACCCUGGCCUUGCUGGGCUCCUACACUGUCCAGUCAGAGCUCGGAGACUAUGACCCAGACGAAUGUGGGAGCGAUUACAUUAGUGAGUUCCGCUUUGCACCAAACCACACUAAAGAACUGGAAGACAAAGUGAUCGAGCUGCACAAGAGCCACAGAGGAAUGACGCCAGCAGAAGCAGAGAUGCAUUUCUUGGAAAAUGCCAAAAAAUUAUCAAUGUAUGGGGUAGAUUUACAUCAUGCUAAGGACUCAGAAGGGGUAGAAAUUAUGUUAGGAGUUUGUGCAAGUGGUCUGUUGAUAUAUCGCGACCGGCUGCGAAUAAACAGAUUUGCCUGGCCCAAGGUUCUAAAGAUUUCAUACAAACGGAACAACUUUUACAUUAAGAUCCGGCCGGGAGAGUUUGAACAAUUUGAAAGCACCAUUGGGUUUAAGCUGCCAAACCAUCGAGCUGCCAAGCGUUUAUGGAAAGUAUGUGUUGAGCAUCAUACAUUUUUCAGACUACUGUUACCAGAAGCACCUCCCAAGAAAUUCCUAACCUUGGGUUCCAAGUUUCGUUAUAGUGGCAGGACACAAGCGCAAACGAGAAGAGCCAGUGCGUUGAUAGAUCGCCCAGCACCUUACUUUGAACGCUCAUCCAGCAAACGUUAUACCAUGUCUCGCAGCUUGGAUGGAGCAUCAGUGAAUGAAAACCAUGAAAUAUACAUGAAGGAUUCUAUGUCUGCUGCAGAGGUUGGUACUGGCCAGUACGCCACAACAAAAGGCAUCUCUCAGACCAACUUGAUCACCACUGUGACUCCGGAGAAGAAGGCUGAGGAGGAGCGGGACGAGGAAGAGGACAAACGGAGGAAGGGGGAAGAAGUCACGCCCGUCUCGGCCAUCCGGCACGAGGGAAAGUCACCUGGGCUUGGCACUGACUCAUGUCCCUUGUCACCCCCAUCCACCCAUUGUGCCCCCACAUCUCCCCCAGAGCUCCGUAGGAGGUGUAAGGAGAAUGACUGCAAACUGCCAGGUUACGAGCCGUCCAGAGCUGAGCACCUGCCUGGAGAGCCCACCUUGGAUUCUGAUGGCCCAGGGAGGCCUUACCUAGGGGAUCAAGAUGUGGCUUUUAGCUACAGACAGCAAACUGGCAAGGGGACCACCCUGUUCUCCUUCUCCUUGCAGCUCCCCGAGUCAUUCCCCUCCCUCCUAGAUGAUGAUGGAUACCUCUCUUUCCCCAACCUUUCUGAAACCAACCUCCUGCCCCAGAGCUUGCAGCAUUACCUCCCGAUCCACUCACCGUCCCUCGUGCCCUGUUUCCUCUUCAUCUUUUUCUUUCUGCUGUCUGCCUCCUUCUCAGUGCCAUAUGCUCUCACUCUCUCCUUCCCUCUGGCUCUGUGCCUCUGCUACCUGGAGCCCAAGGCGGCCUCCUUGAGCGCCUCCCUAGACAAUGACCCGAGUGACAGUUCAGAGGAAGAGACUGACAGUGAGCGCACAGACACCGCAGCCGACGGGGAGACCACCGCCACUGAGUCGGACCAGGAGGAAGAUGCAGAGCUCAAGGCACAGAAUAGUCUGAUUAAACGAAUAAAGGGUGAAAAUGUGUAUGUCAAACAUAGUAAUCUUAUGUUAGAGGAGCUAGAAAAAACUCAAGAUGACCUGAUGAAACAUCAAACCAACAUUAGCGAGCUGAAAAGAACCUUCUUAGAAACUUCAACAGACACUGCCGUAACGAAUGAAUGGGAGAAGAGGCUUUCCACCUCCCCCGUGCGACUGGCCGCCAGGCAGGAGGAUGCCCCCAUGAUCGAACCACUUGUCCCUGAAGAGACCAAAGAAGAAACAGAGAUUUCUGAAAAAGUUAUAUUUUUGCAGCAAGGAAGCGCUCCAUUCCUUGAGUCUCAGCCAAGUGUGAUAAAGAAAAUGCAGGAAGGAGACUCUGCUGACUCUGUGGUUACUUCUCGUCAAAUAAUUUUCCAGAAAACUGUCCCAUCAACCCUAGAGGGCACAGAGGAUUGGGUUAUUGUAGACAAAAUACCAACUGAGGUAGUUGAUGGUGAUUUGAAAAAGAUUGUGACUUACAAGGUGGUGACCGUGAGCAGUAGAACUGGUGACCUCCCAGCUGACAUGUUAAAAUCUGGCACUAUUAAAAUGCAAAGCUUCGAAGACUUGGCUCGAGAAAUGCAACUGAAAGAAGACAGCAAACAGAAAAUAUACACUCUAGGAAAAUCCUAUGACACUGUCUCCGGGAGAAUUGUUACUAUGACUGGGAAAGCUAAAGAGGGCGAGAAAGUGGAGCAGCCCUCCACUACGGAAGCACUUCAGAAAAUGGAGAAAGAAAUGCCAGAGUCCAUGAAGAUCAUUCCCGGCCUGGCAGAGUAUGAGGUCCUGGAAACCCUCGCUGAUGAGAAAUCCAAGAGAGGACCAGAGGUCCAGACGACAAAGCGGAAAUUGUCCGAAUCCCUGGCCACCAUCAAGGAGGCCGAGUCUCGCCGGCAGAGUCCUGAAGAAGAUGACCUCAAGAAGGCUCCACAGCUGGAGAAGGAUGUGGCCGUCCUCCCUGGCCUGGAAGGCAGACGCUUCAGCAAAACAGAGCAAGUGCCCGAGAGUGAGGUCUUAAAAGUGGGCCUCUUUGGUCCCCGAAGGAAGAGCCUGUCCGAAUGGAGAUAUUCCCAGGAACCAGCCUUUACCGUUGCUACUGCCCAUUACGUUACUGAGUCAUCCGCCUCCCAAGUAGUGACUAAGCAGUCUUCUGGGGAAAAGCUCAUGGAUGGCUCUGAAAUCUUCAGUUUAUUAGAGUCUGCGCGAAAACCAACAGAAUUCAUAGGAGGGGUUACUUCUGCUUCUCAAAGCUGGGUUCAGAAAAUGGAAACCAAGACGGAGUCCAGUGGAAUAGAGACGGAACCCACCGUGCACCACCUGCCGCUUAGCACUGAGAAGGUGAUGCAGGAGACCGUGUUGGUGGAGGAGCAGCGUGUGGUGCACGUGAGUGGGGAUGCUUCUUACUCGGCGGGAGAGAGCGGGGAUGCUGCAGCACAGCCCGCAUUCACAGGCAUUAAAGGGAAAGAGGGCUCUGCCUUGACGGAGGAGGCUAAAGAGGAAGGAGGGGAGGAGGUCGCUAAAGCUGUCCUGGAACAGGAAGAGACAGCCGCUGCUUCCCGUGAGCGACAAGAGGAGCAGAGUGCAGCCAUCCACAUUUCAGAAACUUUGGAACAAAAACCUCAUUUUGAGUCCUCAACGGUGAAGACGGAAACCAUCAGUUUUGGCAGUGUUUCACCGGGAGGAGUAAAGCUAGAAAUUUCCACCAAGGAAGUGCCAGUAGUUCACACCGAAACCAAAACCAUCACAUAUGAAUCAUCACAGGUGGAUCCAGGCACAGAUCUGGAGCCAGGCGUGCUGAUGAGUGCACAGACGAUCACAUCUGAAACCACCAGUACCACCACCACUACGCACAUCACCAAAACUGUGAAAGGGGGCAUUUCAGAGACAAGAAUUGAGAAGCGAAUAGUCAUCACGGGGGAUGCAGACAUUGACCAUGACCAGGAAUAACUUAGCUUGCACAUGAAUGCAGUCAUGCAAACCGUUAGGAAAACCAGAGCCUAUAUGGAGUUCCCUCUUCUAACCCAACUGACUUGUAUCUGUCCGUGGAAAAUUUCAGUCCAGAAGAAUUGACCUUGACCAUUAAUAAAGACACUGGCAGAGAGAUCUUCCCAUAAUAAAGCAAUCUGAUUCAGCAUCACUAAACCGAUAAUGCAUGAAGCAACAAUAAAAUUACAAAAGAGCAGCAUUUUUAAUUUUCACAAAAUGUCUCAGUUUUCAGCUAUACCUGCACGUUCAUAACCAACAAUAUAAACCGUGGUCUCAUGUAACACAUAAACAAUUCAUGCCUUUCAUAGUUUAUUAAAGUCUAAACAAAAUUGCAAUUUCUUAGGUAACCUUUUAUUUACAAUAAAUGAAGAUUACCCUCAAAUGCUAGAAGCUGUCUAGGUCCGUCCGGUGUGUCAGAUUUUCCUCAGAUUAGAUGUGCCAAUAACCAAGUUUAUUCAGUAAACAACUUGUACUUGUUUCAUCUGGUUUUAUUACUCUCACCCAUAAACAGUAAUGACUCUCUGACCCUCUGGAAAUAUUUAAUGCUUCCAAUCUUGCUUUGUGUAUCUCAUUUAAUUUGUUAUAAGGUAGUACUGAUUUUAGCAUAUUAAUGCGAUUUCUUCCUUGUUGUUUGCUUUGGUCUGUGUUCAAUCCAGAGAGCUUAAAUUGUCAUUAUUUUGGGAAGAAAACCUGUAUUUUUGUUAGUUUACAAUAUUAUGAAAUUUCACUUCAGGAGAAACUGCUGGGCUUCCUGUGGCUUUGUUUUCUUAGUUUCUUUUUCCGUGCCGUGUAUUUUUUAAUUGAUUUUUCUUCUUUUACUUGAAAAGAAAGUGUUUUAUUUUCAAAUCUGGUCCAUAUUUACAUUCUAGUUCAGAGCCAAGCCUUAAACUGUACAGAAUUUCCACUGUAAUUAAAACUAUUUAGUGUUAGUUAUAAAUAGCCUUCAAAAAGAGAGAUUCUCCAUUACACGAUCACCUGCAUCACAGCCCAUGGUGAAUGUAUGUUUCUGCAUAGCGAAAUAAAAAUGGCAAAUGCACUGAAA